UCAAGAUACAUUUAAAAGAGCAAGCAAAAUGUCCCACAUCGAUUGUGCUGUACGCGGCUGCAAUUAUAAUAUUUUUAAUAAACCGCGAGGAGUGACAUUUCAUCCGUGUCCAAUUAGAAGCGACAUGAGAAACAAAUGGUUGCAGAUAUUGAAAACUAAAUGUACUGUCCUCGAUUGGAAUAGAAGUAGAAUAUGUUCUAAACACUUUGAAACAAAAUGUUUCAAUAUCAAAGGAAAAUUGAAAGAUGAUGCCGUACCUACCUUAUUUUCUUCAGCUGCACAUAAACAUUCUGUUAAACAAACUCAAGAGACAUCCACAUCAUCAAGAACAACUGUGGACAGAGUCCUGAAUAAAUUGACUCAAGCAGAGUUAAUGUCUGAUAUAAAGAAUACAUUAAGCAAAAUGAAGGAGCCUUCAAAUUUAGAAACCUAUAUGAAUGAUGACUACAGAUGUAAGCCGGACACACCAACUGAAGCUCAGCUUUGGAUAUUAAUUAAAAAACAAGAUCAUUUAAAUACAAGACUUAUGGAACUAGUUGUGCAAAAUAAAAAACAUGUAGAAUUACUGCAGAAAAACUUGGAAGAAGCUAGAUCAUCUAAAAAGGAAACCGAACAAAGUAUUGAAACUUACAAAUAUAUUGUUAAAUGCUUACAAGAGAAAUUAGCUACUCUUGAAGAACAAAUAGAAAUACUUACCACUGUUGAGUCAAGGUAAAA